CAACCUUCAUGCUCACCUUUCCAUAGAAUGUUUACUGGCAAUUGCGGAGAUAACAUAUCACCAAUGAUCUUUGCAGGUAUGUCUGGUAAGCCGUAGGCACUAUGCGUGGUUAUUUAAGAGUCGGGGGGGGGGGAUGCUGUACUCGACCACAGGUACAGCAUCUCCUCUCCUCGUGCACUUUUGUUCGAAGAAUUCCUAGUCUAGUCCAGUCCAACCUCUGAUUGUCGUUAUGAAGCUACUUGCCUUGAUUGUGGCUGCAUCGUAUGCAUUGGCAACUUCAUGCCCCGCCCUGCCACUCUCACCUGUAACUCGGAAGGGAACUACAUUGCUCGUCCAUGGCCAGCCUUGGAAGGCAAUUGGGCCCAAUAUUUACUGGCUAGGACUUGACGAGAACGUGAUUCCGCCAGCUGGAGAGCCCUACGAUGCAGCCACAAAGUCAAGUUAUCCUACUAAAGGCCGCAUCACGGAUGCUUUGGCAACAGUCCAGGCGUUGGGAGGGACGAUGAUCCGAUCUCAUACCCUUGGCGUCAACCUCGGCAACCCUCUUACUGUCAUGCCGGAAUUAGGUAUCAUCAAUGAGGAAGCAUUCGAGUCAAUUGACUGGGCUGUCUACCAAGCGGGUCUAUAUGGUAUUCGACUACUGGUCCCCUUGACAGAUAAUUGGGAUUAUUACCAUGGCGGUAAAUAUAACUUUCUUCGCUGGUCAGGUUUCAACUUGACCCAAAAAAGUGAUAGCAGCAAUCCCGAGAUUCAACAAUUCUACUAUAACCAGACUAUAGUGGUUGCUUUCAAGCGUUACGUACAGAGGCUCUUAACGCACAAAAAUCGGUACAACAACCUUACUUAUGCCGAGGACCCAACUGUGUUCGCUUACGAAACAGGCAAUGAGCUUGGGGGUCCUAUAUUUGGUGACAUGGAUUGUCCUGCUGAAUGGGUUCGAAAUAUCACGAGCUUCAUUAAAACACUUGCCCCUGAAAAGCUGAUCUUGGAUGGUACAUAUGGGGUUAACAGAACGCACUUCGAUAUCCUGGAGAUCGACGGUUUCUCAAACCACUACUAUCCAAUAAACACAGUGAAGCUGGAACAUGACUUGGAGGCCGUCGAAAGUGCUGAGCGCGUAUACUUUGCUGGCGAAUACAGCUGGGUUGGCCCUGAUGCUGGCACCAACAACUUGAGCUCUUUCUUUGAAAUUCUCGAGCAAAGUCCUGUUGUGGCUGGUGACGCACUUUGGAGUCUGUUCGGGAGAAAUCUGCCUGAUUGCAACACAUUUGUUAACCACACAGAUGGCUUCACCUUGCAGUAUGGUAAUCCAGCAAAUUCGAACUACACUGAUAGCAGGAUACAACUGAUCAGGAAGCACUUUAUCGCCAUGAGUAAAGACGAAGAUAUCCCAGCUAAUGCGAGCCUGCCAGCUGUACCCUGUCCAGCCCCUAUGUUGCCCUGAUACCAGUCAGACAUCACUUGACGCCGAAUAGCUGUCUUCUAGUCUUAUUACUAAAUGCCUUGUUUCUGGCAACCUUUCUUUCAGUUUUCGCGUUCUUUCAUGUUGAAUGUACUAUGUUAUUUGCAAUCACCAGCAAUCACUCCUCCAGUAUCCUCGGCCUAUCCCACACAAUCCUG